AUGCGACAUACAACAUCCAUUGCCUCCGACAAUGGACGAAAGGUUCUCCGGCGUUCUGCACUGCUAUCUUCGUGGGCUAGGGCAGAACCAAGCGCCGAAGCUCCCACCUAUUCUACACCUCCUAUGUCUUUUCAUGGAGACAGCCACUUCCGCUUCUUGGAUAUCAAGUACCAAGGAUGGGUUAUUGUUGAGAAGAUCCUCGCCCGCCGGGUCAGCUCAAGUCACGAGAAUUAUCUUAUUUGUGGGCCCCUCGUCAGUUCGAACAUGACUGAGGAUCUUGAAGCGAUUCCCGAGUCAGGGUCGUCAUGGGAUUCGUGGCCUGACGAUGAUUUCCAUACACAACAAGGCCAGGGCACCCUUCUCUAUUCUUAUCGAGACUAG